UGAAAGCGUUGUAUACUCGAGAGCAGACGCAGAAAGAAGUCUAUGAGGUUCUGGACUGGCUGGGGAAAGAGAGAUCUCAGGACAUUCGUCGUUUCUGGCAAUGAGUGUUUGAAGAUCAUAUCAUGCAGAAUUACCCCACUCUACGCCUGCUUAAAGACAACCUGCCAGUUGCUGACAUCAAUUGCCCAGAAAGACCUCUAGAUGCUGAGACACUGACAAAAAAGAGUGAAGGAGCAGCGAACAAAAAGAAGGAGAAGAAAACCGCCAGAAAGAAAAAUAGAGAUGCCAUAGGUAGUAAGGAUAGUGGUGGUCCAGGUCCUUCUUCUGCUUCCAACGUGACUCAGAAGAAACCAGCCAAGCAACCCUCGUUCUCAUCUCCUGUAAAGGACGAUGACCAUCAGGAGAUUUGGAUGUUUCCUAAAUAUAAAACUGAGCUGCCUGUAAAAUGUGGAAAAACAGAAGGCACUCUCCAUCGAGAUAAAUUGGCCAAAGGGAAGAAGUGUUUUUUUGCACAGGGAUGCUGGUUCUCCCCAGGUGAAUUUGAGAAGUUUGCAGGGAAGGAAAAAAGCAAGAACUGGAAAGUCAGCAUCCGCUGCGAUGGUACACCACUUAAAAAACUCAUCGAGGAGAAUCAUCUUCAGUGUAAACCGAUGCAGAGAAAGCAGGGGACAUCUGUCCGAAAAAGCAAGAAAGUACAGAUUGUGAUCAGUUCAUCUGAGGACUCCAGUCCAGACUUAAGACCGGACUUCUCAGGAGGAGGAUCACAGUUUAGAAGUAGACUUGGUGAUGAUGAUGAGGAAGAGGAGGAAGAUGAGAUGGGAGAUCUGACUGUUUUCCAGGCUCCAACUUUACCAGUCGCCUGUGUCUCACUCAGUGGCACUCUGUACAAAAACCGGUUUGCCACAGGGAAGCGUGGGAAGAGUAUACGGACUGAGGAACGCUGGUUCACUCCGGAGGAAUUUGUAAAGGAGGAACCCACUCUCACCAAUGGACUCUGGAAAAAAGACAUACUGUGCCAUGGAAAAACUCUCAACUUUUUAUGCAAGAAAAAGAUCCUGCAGAUUCAUUCUCUUCUGUGUGAAUGUGUGGAAUGCAGCACUGAUCCAGAAGACCUGGCUGACCAGAACAAUGAUGAUGUGUGUUUUGCGUGUCACACUGGGGGAGAUCUGGUGUGUUGCGAUGAAUGUCCACGAGCUUUUCAUACAUACUGUCACCUACCACCUGUACUCGAAAACGCAUCUGGGGAAUGGAUUUGCACCUUUUGCGGAAUAAAAAAAAAGCGAAAAUUGCAGGGCUUCAGCAACACGACUGAACAAGACGUGUAACCUGAAGAGACAUGCUACUUUAUUGUUUAUAGUUUUUAAUUAUUUGAAUAUGAUUUGUGAUAUUUUUUAUUUGUUCAUGUGUAUAUUAUUUGAUUUUGUUCAACAAAAGUGCUUCAAACUAUGUUUGAGGACCAUGACAGCAAAUUUUCAGGAUUUGUUUUCUUUUCUCUAGUUCAUUUGGUGCUUCAUGAUGUUUUGUUGUGUUCUGCAUUAAGCAUAUAAACAAUAAAUGGAUUGUGAUUCAUCAGUUCUGAAGUCUGGAUCGUUUAUUUGACCAGGAGACUACAGAAAGCUUUUGCUCCAGUAUCACAAAACAUACUGGUAAACACACACAGACAUAAACUCAGUUUAAGCACAAUUAUUUAAUGUUUUCAAAAAUAUUCAGAUUAAUGUAGGUAUAGCAUUGAGUUUUCAGUCACCACGAACCAAAGCUUCAGCUAAAAACUAAGUUUUCAAAUAAGUCACCUGCAUCUUGUAUGGCUAGGGGUAUCACAUUAAGUAUGUUCAGAGAAGCAUUUGGAGUGCAAACUGCAUGCCUGCGUACUAAACAAUUGUACCACCAGGUGGCAGAUACUCUGAGUUCAUAUCUCAGCCAAUGUGGCUGGACAGAAUAAAGCUGAAGUUGGAAUAGAACAAAUAUUAGACAUUUGGUUUGCGUUUGGUUUGCCAUAAAGUGGAGUUUGCCUUUGACCUUCAGCUCAUUUUAGCGACUGAAGAACAUUUAAUGAGGUAAGAUUCAUUUAAACACAUUAAUCAUAAUAAAAACAUCACUGAAAAACCUUUGAUUGUUCUCUCUUUCUCUCUGAAGGACAAUGAGUUUGGCCAAUAUGACAGCAGACUGAGGAAAAUCUUUGAGGAGGAGAUACAUAAAAUCCAGUUCUGCAGUGUUAUUGCCAUUUUAUUUUCUAUAUAUACAAAUAAAAUCAGGUGUGUCAUCAAGGGGAUGUCAAUAAUCUUUAAAUAAUUAAGAUGGAUUAUAUUUAUUAUGGCAUUGUCAAAGAAAAGGUGGCUUGGAUAAUGGAUGCCUUGGUUGCUGUUCAUGCUGUACAUCUUUUUGUAAUGCCAUUUUUACAAAUAAAUUAAGUUAUAGUA